AGAAAGAAGGCAUGAUUGGAUUAUUGCCCGCCGAGGCGGCAGGUCGUGAUUACCAUCCUUUUGCCUUCUAUGCCGCCUCUUGGCCGUCUUUCGUAUCUGUCAUCGCCAAGGUUCUAUCUCUGUAUAUAGCGAGUGCGCUCUGAAAUCCCAGAAACACGAUCCCCCGCAGAUCCGGCGGAGGAGACGUUCUGUUCUCAACCUCCCCGGCCGUAGACAUGUGACGCCCCGCUGCCCGCUGAGGUCCUGUAUGCACAUACUCCUUGGACGACAUCACACCCCAGCGAUGCUCCCCCGCCUCCUGCACCGGCCCCGUCGCCUCCUCCUCCUCCUCAUCCUUGCCGUCGCGGCCCUGCUCGCCUGCAAAUACAUAUUCUCGCAGCAGCAGCAGUGGGACCGGCGGCGCCUCGCCAACUUCGGAAGCGACGACUUCCCCGCCCGGAAACCGCCCCCACCCCUGGCCCCUCAACAACAACAACAACAACAACAGCAGCAGCAGCGUCCGCCCCGCGCCGGCCUGACCAGGAAGCCGCGCAAGAACAGGACCGCCAGACCGCCAAGGGCGGCUGUUGGGGGGAGGGGUUCUCGCGCCGAGGACAGCGUCGUCGGGCUGCAGACCGGGGGGGAUGGGGGCGUGGACGGUGGCGGAGCGGAGGGCGCGAGGCAAGGGCUCCCGGAGGAGGGGGAGGGGGAGGGGGUCUAGCUGCGCGCCUCUGGUGCGAGUCUCGGCGAUGAUGCCCCUGCC